GCCAGCGAUUACGAGCCUGGCGAAGUUCGCCGGGAUCCGCCUCCUCACUCUCGCUCUGCUCGGCACGACGGCCAUGCUGUAUAUAUUGCCUGGUGCAAGAAUUUGGGUCUUGAGGAUGGCUUGUUGGAACUGUUUUGAUUAUUUAAGAGGUUUAAAUAUGUGUGGAGAACUACUUGAUGGAUAUACAAGAUUACUGAUAUAAUGAUAUGUUCCACUGACCAGCCUUGGGAUGUGUGCUUUUGUAAGCUACUAUGGGCACAUGAUGUCAUCAAGUAGACUUUUGCUUAUAGAAAUUUAACAUUGUUACAUGGUAUCUGGAAAACAAUGUCUUGCCCAUGAGAUGCGAAGAUGUCCUGAAUGGUGGCAGAAUUUUCGGUUAAAUUAGUUUUCAAAGUCAAAUUUGUUAAGAUUUAUUAGUAGGCCAAAAAAGCUGUUAUGGUGGUGAGGGAGAGGAAUGAAGAGUACCAGCAAAGCUGGCAAUGAACACUAACUUUUACAAUCUGUUGAUUUCAUGAUUAUGGUAAUGAAUAAUAGAGGAUACAUUUUCUUUUUCGGAUCUGAUGUGGUUUCAGAAACUACAAAGGUUAUUGAAGAGCUGACUGAAACUGGGGUUGUUAUAAUGUGUUCUGUUCUUAAAUACUGGACCGUGUAGAUCAUUUUAUAGCAAGUAUACUACUGGCAAGAAAGGAAUAUAUUGGCGGUGAGCAGACUGAAAGUGGAAACCAAGUUUAGUAGUGUUAUAUCGACUUUUGAUCAUAUGGGAUGUAACUGCUUUUACCUGGUGGGAUGUCCCUUUACAGACCCUUUUAAGGUCUGCAUGGUCAAACCUUCUGGCUGUUUUUUUGGCUUGGUGAUGGAGGGACUAUGGUGCGUAACUUAAGUAGCUUCAUGUGCUUUGGAUGAGCUUAUGAACUCUGAAGAUUUCUGGAUAAAGUUUGAGUUGAAUGAAGUUUGUUUCUGAAAUAUUUGGUGCUGUCUUCUGUACUGCAGUAUUUGUCUACUACUUUCGAGCGAAACACAUGGUGCAUUACCAUUUCUUGUUGAAUUGUCAUCUGGCUUUUAGUCAUUGUUCGUUUAAUAUUUGCUUGAUACGUAGGGUCUACUUAUUUUAAAUGUGUGAUUUUUGCAACAUGUAGCACUGAAUCAAUUUCAAGCUAGCUGACUUGUCCCGGUGGUCUUGAGUAUGAUCUUAGGGGAAUUUCUGGGGUUGCAAAAAUUGGCGUCUGUAGGAACUGUUCAUGGAUAUAGAAAGCGGGCAGGUUCUGUUUCUCCUAUUCGUAGAAGGGAUGCUCAUCGUCGUUCUAGUCCAGGUUUUGAAACCUUUGGUUCAUCAAGGGGUCGUGGUUUCCGGAAUGAGAGAGAACCUGGUCAAUAUCGUGACUACUCACCCCCUUAUGCCCGUGGUAAGGAUGGUGGUCGGUUUCCUGGUAGAGGUUAUGAUCAGUUGGCACGUGGGUCUGGAGGUCCUGAACCAGUAAGAGUUGAAGGUGUUCCUAGAAAUAAUCCUAAUGUACGACCAAGAGAAGGAGAUUGGUUUUGCCAAGAUCCCUUAUGUAAAAAUUUGAAUUUUGCAAGGCGAGAGCAUUGCAACAACUGCAACAGGCCCCGUUAUGCUUCAUCUGGAAGCCCUAGGAGAGGAGGGUAUUUGGGUCCCCCAUUUCCCCCUCGCGAACGUGUUCCACCUCCUCUAUUGGAUCAUUCUCCUGUAAGGAAUAUUAAUGGUGGCUACAGGUCUCCCCCUCGUGGUUGGCCAAGAGACGGCAGAGACUUUAGAGGUUCUGGACCACCGGGAAGAAAUGAAGUAAGAUUGCCUGAUCCUCUAAUGCGCGGUGAAAGGCCAAACUUUCUUGAAGAUGAUCCUAGGGACAGGUUUGGAUAUUAUGAUGGACCCCCACUGCCAGAGUGGGGCCAUAGAGACCGUGGAAGAGAGAACUUUUUUCACGAGAGGAGAGGAGGGUAUGGAAGUAGGUUUUUGUCACCACCUCCUGCAUCAACAGUUCCUCCCCGUGGUUGGGCAUCUCAUAUCAGGGAUAGGAGCAGGUCACCAGCUAGAGGCGGGCCACCAGCUAAGGAUUAUCACCGUGAUAUGCAUAUGAACCGGAGACGAGAUGGCCGGCGUCCUCUUGGAAGGGGUGCAUUUUAGUUUGUAAUUGACUGUAAUGGCAAAAGCUGCUCUGACAAUUGUUCUUUCUGGUGAAUAUCUCAUCUAAUUUUGGCUAUUGGAUUCUAAAACUGUGUGUAUCGAUAGCAUUCCUUUUUUUGAAAUCUAAAAUGAUUUUUCUCUGGUUAUCA